AUGUCGUUAACAAACUGCCGUUUUUACGAGGAGAAGUACCCGGAGAUUGACAGCUUUGUCAUGGUCAAUGUCAAGCAGAUCGCCGAGAUGGGUGCUUAUGUUAAGCUCCUGGAGUACGACAACAUCGAUGGCAUGAUCUUGCUCUCCGAGCUUUCGCGACGACGUAUCCGAAGUAUUCAGAAGCUCAUUCGAGUUGGCCGCAAUGAGGUCGUCGUGGUGCUCCGUGUGGACAAGGAGAAGGGAUAUAUCGAUCUGUCGAAGCGACGAGUUUCCCCCGAGGAUAUCGGCAAGUGCGAGGAGCGAUACAACAAGGGCAAGAUGGUCCACUCCAUCAUGCGACACGUUGCCGAGAAGACCCAGACCCCGAUCGAGACACUCUAUGAGAGCAUAGCCUGGCCUCUGAACAAGAAGUACGGCCACGCCAUCGACGCUUUCAAGCUCUCUAUCACCAACCCCGAGGUGUGGAACGAUAUCACCUUCCCCAGCGAGGCCGUCACCGAGGAGCUCAAGACCUACAUCACCAAGCGACUCACCCCUCAGCCCACCAAGGUCCGAGCCGAUAUCGAGGUCACCUGCUUCGGCUACGAGGGUAUCGAUGCCGUCAAGACUGCCCUGCGCACCGCUGAGGCCAACAACACCGAGGAGACCCAGGUCAAGGUCAAGCUGGUUUCCCCCCCUCUCUACGUCCUGACCAGCACAUGCUUGGACAAGGCCGUUGGUAUCACACGCCUGGAGGAGGCUAUCGUCGACAUCCGAAAGAGCAUCGAGGCAUCUGGUGGUAACCUGGUGGUCAAGAUGGAGCCCAAGGCUGUCACCGAGAGCGAUGAUGCCGAGCUCCAAGCACUGAUGGAGAAGCGUGAGCGCGAGAAUGCCGAGGUCAGCGGAGACGAGAGCAUGAGCGACAGCGACGAUAACAUCCCUGAGACCAUUUAG